AUGGGGCUGAUCCCUGACCAACUAGAGCUCCACCUAAACUUGACCUCUACCAAGUACCUCCCUCCUAGGAUCUUCUACCGCCGUGCCUCCUCCCAGUCGGCUCGACCCGAUCAGGAGAUCCACGAUGCGCGCCAGUGGCUGUCGGCACUUUCUCCUAAAUCCAUCCCCCGCCUAGGCCAGGUGUCGUUCAGCCGGGCUAGCGGGCCCGGUGGCCAGAACGUGAACAAAGUCAAUUCCAAGGCUACCCUGAAAGUGCCCUUGCAGGACUUGCUGCCCCUGGUGCCCCGUCUCUUGCACCCCGUGUUGCGGGCCUCGCGCUAUGCCACGGACCGCUCCCAGAGCCUGAUUAUUCAGUCUGACGAGUCGCGCAAACAGGCGGCUAAUGUGGACUCUUGUUAUGACAAGCUCUAUCAGCUCCUCCAGUCCAUGGCUAACGAGGUGAUCCCCGGGGAAACCUCGCCGGAGCAGAAAGAUCGGGUCCAGAAAUUACAGCGGGCCCAGAACGAAGCCCGGAUCAAGGACAAGAAACUACACAGCAGCAAGAAGAGUAGUCGACGGGGGAAAUACGAUGAUUAA